GAUGAGGUGGGAGGCGCUAGAAACCACUUAGCUACCGCCAACCGCCCAAUGCAGCACUCGCUCCCUCCGCCAGCGGAAGCGCCCGCGGAGCACAAUGCAGCACUGAGGCAGCGCCGCGGUGGAGGCUGCAGCGCCGCGGCCGCCGCAGCACCAGCCGGCGCGGGGAGGGGGCGGCCGAGGCGAGCCGGGAGCCGCGAGGCCAGGGAGCCGAGCCCCGCAGGUCGGGCAUGAGGAGCUGAGCAUCUCCAUCGAGGCGGGCUGACGGCAGCAGCACCAUGCCGCGGGGAGCUGCUGCGUUCGUGCCCUUCUUGCUGCUCUGCGCCCUGGGGACCUGCCCCCUGGCGCGCUGCGGCCGGGCAGGAGACUCCUCGGUGACGGAGCUGGAACGGAGGAAUGAAAACCGCUUCCUGCAGCGCCAGAGCAUCGUGCCCCUCCGGCUCAUCUACCGCUCCGGGGGCGAACGCGAAACCCGCCACGACGCGCUCGACACUCGGGUGCGGGGCGACCCCGGCGGCGGGCAGUUGACUCAUGUUGCCCAGGCAAGCUUCCAGGUUGAUGCCUUUGGAACAUCAUUUAUUCUGGAUGUCACGCUAAAUCAUGACUUGCUGUCCUCUGAAUACAUAGAGAGACACAUUGAACAUGGAGGGAAAACUGUGGAGGUGAAAGGAGGAGAACAUUGCUACUACCAGGGCCAUAUCCGAGAAAACCCUGCCUCAUUUGUGGCAUUGUCAACUUGCCAUGGACUUCAUGGCAUGUUCUACGAUGGAAACCACACCUAUCUCAUUGAGCCAGAAGAAAACGACACCUCCCAAGAGGAGUUCCAUUUUCAUUCAGUUUAUAAAUCCAGACUGUUUGAAUUUCCCUUGGACGAUCUUCCAUCUGAAUUCCAACAAGUCAACAUCACGCCACCAAAAUUUAUUUUAAAGCCAAGGCCCCAAAGAAGUAAACGACAGCUUCAUCGACAUCCACGUAAUGUAGAGGAGGAAACCAAAUAUAUUGAACUGAUGAUUGUGAAUGAUCACCUCAUGUUUAAAAAACAUCGACUUUCAGUUGUUCAUACCAACACAUAUGCAAAGUCUGUGGUGAACAUGGCAGACUUAAUUUAUAAAGACCAACUUAAGACAAGGAUAGUAUUGGUCGCCAUGGAAACCUGGGCUGCUGACAACAAAUUUGCUAUAUCUGAAAAUCCAUUGAUCACCCUGCGUGAGUUUAUGAAAUACAGGAGAGACUUUAUCAAAGAGAAAAGUGAUGCAGUUCACCUUUUUUCGGGAAGUCAAUUUGAGAGUAGCCGGAGCGGGGCAGCUUAUAUUGGUGGGAUUUGCUCGUUGCUGAAAGGAGGAGGCGUGAAUGAAUUUGGCAAAACCGACUUAAUGGCAGUUACACUUGCCCAAUCGCUAGCCCAUAAUAUUGGCAUUAUAUCAGACAAAAGGAAGUUAGCAAGUGGUGAGUGUAAAUGUGAUGACACGUGGUCCGGAUGCAUAAUGGGAGACACUGGCUAUUACCUUCCCAAAAAGUUCACCCAGUGUAAUAUUGAAGAAUAUCAUGACUUUCUGAAUAGUGGAGGUGGUGCUUGCCUUUUCAACAAACCUUCUAAGCUUCUUGAUCCUCCUGAAUGCGGCAAUGGCUUCAUUGAAACUGGAGAGGAGUGUGACUGUGGGACUCCAGCAGAAUGCGUCCUGGAAGGAGCAGAGUGUUGUAAGAAAUGUACUUUGACUCAGGACUCUCAAUGCAGUGAUGGUCUUUGUUGUAAAAAGUGCAAGUUUCAGCCUAUGGGAACUGUGUGCCGAGAAGCUGUCAAUGAUUGUGAUAUUCAUGAAACAUGCUCAGGAAAUUCAAGCCAGUGUGCCCCAAAUAUUCAUAAAAUGGAUGGAUAUUCAUGUGAUGGUGUUCAGGGAAUUUGCUUUGGUGGAAGAUGCAAAACCAGGGAUAGACAAUGCAAAUACAUCUGGGGGCAAAAGGUGGUUGCUUCAGACAGAUACUGCUAUGAGAAAUUAAAUAUUGAAGGCACCGAGAAGGGCAACUGUGGGAAAAACAAAGACACGUGGAUACAGUGCAACAAACGGGAUGUGCUUUGUGGCUACCUUUUAUGUACCAAUGUUGGUAACAUUCCAAGGCUUGGAGAACUUGAUGGUGAAAUCACGUCUACAUUGGUCGUGCAACAGGGACGAACAUUAAACUGCAGUGGUGGGCACGUUAAGCUUGAGGAAGAUGUAGAUCUUGGCUAUGUGGAAGAUGGCACACCUUGUGGCCCUCAAAUGAUGUGCUUAGAGCACAGAUGUCUUCCUGUAGCUGCCUUCAACUUUAGCACUUGCUUAAGCAAUAAAGAAGGUGCUGUUUGUUCAGGAAAUGGAGUCUGCAGCAAUGAGCUGAAAUGUGUGUGUCACAGAAACUGGAUCGGUGCAGACUGCAGUACUUACUUCCCUCUCGAUGAUACAAAGAAUGACUUAAUUCUAUCUGGCAAUGGUGUUGCUGGUACCAAUAUCAUAAUAGGCAUAAUUGCUGGCACUAUUUUGGUGCUGGCCCUCAUAUUAGGAAUAACUGCUUGGGGUUAUAAAAACUAUCGAGAACAGAGACAGUUACCCCAGGGAGAUUAUGUAAAAAAGCCUGGAGAUGGCGACUCUUUUUAUAGCGACAUUCCUCCUGGAGUCAGCACAAACUCAGCAUCUAGUUCUAAGAAGAGGUCUGCUUUUCUGUCGCAUUUUCAGAUUUCUACCUGUUCCAUCACACAUUAUUCCAUUAGUCAGAACAUUUCAUUAUUUUGCAGCAGGUCAAAUGGACUUUCACAUUCUUGGAGUGAAAGGAUUCCAGACACAAAACAUAUUUCAGACAUCUGUGAAAAUGGGCGACCUCGAAGUAACUCUUGGCAAGGUAACCUGGGAGGCAACAAAAAGAAAAUCAGAGGGAAACGAUUUAGACCUCGGUCUAAUUCAACUGAGCAUCUCCGCAACUGUGCCCAUACCAAUAUGCACUGAUAGUGGGGGGCUCCCCCUCGCUGCAGGCUUUUUCCUCCAGAAACCUGCCAUUGUGGUGUCUUGGUUCCGUUUGAAGGGAAUUCUGAUAACAUUCCUUUCUUGUCAUCACCAGGGGCCCAUUUCAGAGGGUUCACCCUUCCACUCCCAAUGUUCACUCGCCCUAGAAGCAUCAGGGAACAGUUCUACAAGAGCAUGAGGCUGCUCACGAUGUGAGACCACUGCUCUGAGGUCUUCAUGGCUGCAAUCUAAGCAUUCUCUCAGACUAAUGCAAUAGUUUCCCUUUUAAAUUUUCCUUCGGAGGAUAUUUAAAAGGGCAUUUAUAUGAAGUUGCUCUUUAACGGAAUCAUUGUCACUAAAUGUAACACGAUCCAUUGAAAAUGAUAGCCACACAUUUCAUUUUUUUUCUCUAAUGGGAGAUGGGAUCAGAAAUUACAUUUCAGAUUAUUUAUAGUCAUUGAGGCAACUUUCUGUGCACUUUGUUUCUUAAGUAAGUACAAACAAAACCAAGCUUCCUCGAACCUUUUAAAAUAUACUCCUUUGGUAUCCUUCUGGACCUUGCUACCUGGUUUUAAUUACCCAGACUUUUUUGAGGCCCACCAAUAUUAAUUUUUUUUAUUUUAUUUUACUUACUUCUCAGUGUAGUUGUAGUUAUUAUCUCCAUUAUUUCUCCAUACUUUAAUACUUGAACAAAGAUCAGGUUAACUGCUUGUCAGAAAUUUACAUUAAAUUUUCUAUCUAUUCAGACAUUUUCAGUCUAGGACAGUAUCACUGCCCUGAAAUUCAUACCCUUCCUGCUGAUGGUAUUGUUUUGUAAGGGUCUUGUUAAAGUUUCCUAGAGGAUACUUUACAUUAGAAAUAAUAGAUAGGUUCAAGUGACAUCAUUGCAUGGUCCAGAAUGGCAUCAUAGAAGUCCAUCCUAAAUAACUAAUCCUCUAGAGUUUAUCUUCUACGUUUCUAAAACGCUUGGAUGCUUUAGAGCUCAUGCUGGAUAAACUCUUUUUGGAAUGUUAUUUUGAUUUGUUUUGCAUGAGGUCACCUGGUAAGAACGCCUUAGAUUAUCUUAGUUGCUCAUACGAAUAAAGAUACAAGUACAAGAUAUUCUUUAGGACUUCCUUUAUAUACCUUAAGCAUUCAAACUGUAUUUCCUUUAACAAGGCUUUGAAAACUCCUACGAAAAAGGGGAAAGAAAAGCCAGUAGUAUACAAAAGCUGUGAGUUUAGUACCCAAAGAAUGCUUGAUAGUAAGAUUCAUAAUAUAUUUUCUAAAGCAAUCACUUAUAUAAUUUUUUCUAUAAAAUUCCCACUGACAUAAUGUGCUUAAAUAGUACAAUACUAUAUCUCUAUGAAUAUUGUUAUCUAUCUAUGAUUCUUGCCUGUGACAUAAGUAAAUUAUAAUAUUGAAUAAGACAUCAUAAUACCCUCAUCUUUAUGAAGAAGUAUUAUGGAUUUCCUUGGAUUU